AGCUUUGGAUGUCGCAAGUUGUCCGUCUCUCCGGAGACGAGGAACAGGUUUUGUCCCCGAGAAGGGCUCCACCUGUCCCAAUGUCGCCUGGCGUUUGAGUUGAGAACCUGUUUCCUGUCUCGGGGCGAAUCCACAAGGGGAAUCCCACGCUGUCGAAUCUGUCGGACGAUGCUUUGGAACCGGACUUAAGCCACGAUUUAACAACGACCGGGGGAACGUGACGCGCGCUGCCUCCAGUCGUGUAGUAAGGCAGUGCGUGGAGUCGCGUCCCUUGAACCCUACAUCCUUCACCGCGUUUCCGCCUCUUGCCCUUGCGCUCGCCGUUUGCUUCUCGGACCGCUCUCCGAUCCCCCAUUUUCCUCGUCUUCUGAUCUAUCUUCAUGGAGAUCUGGGUUCAUUCUCCUGAGUUAUCUUCACGGAACUUCUGGUGGAAAACUAUGAUGAAUAUGAGAAACCCUGUAGUGUAGCAGUGUUGUAGAAAAAAAAGGGGCGCUCAAUGAUAAGAAUGUUCAUUCCGGGGGUAUGGAAAUCAAACCGGAAGAAACUGUCAAGGACAAUCCUGGAGAGGAACAAAUAUGUGCAUCUUUCUCAGGUGUUAAAUGGGCACAUAUAAGAUGAACUUAUUCCUGAGUAUUUCUUUUGAAUAUGUUUUUAUUACCAUGCAGACUUGGUUAGGGGAGAGUAAGAAGAAGCAUCAUGGAAAUGAGAAUGUAUUAAUCUAUGUGAAAUUUAACAACUAAUAGCUAGUAUUUGGAACACUCUCUGCAGAGAGAUGUGCUCAAAUUCAAUAUGGAUUGGUUUCUGAGAAAGAAUUUGAACUAUCUUACGGCUCAAAUAACGAGAGUAUCUACUUGUGUUGCUAUAAAACCGUUGUUCUUGAGGAAGAUGAAUAUCUUUAUGACUUUCCUGUGGAAAGCAAAUUUUCCUAGUAGUUCAUUUCUAAUGCUCAAUGUAAACAGAUGCUUGCUAUUGUGGAGUUGAAUAAGGCUGAUAAGCAGAAGGCAAAUAGGGAUGUUGAUGAGGAUGACGACGAUGAAGAUGACAACGACGAAGACAGAGGAGGAUGAAUCUGAUGAUGACAAGGCCUGUACUAGGGCUGUCAAAAUAUUUGUUUUUCUUGUUUGAUGAGUUUUUGCUUUUUCUUGCAGCAUCAUUGUUUUGGAGGCCAUCUUUUUCCUGUAUCAAUUUAGAUCCUUAACAUAGUCUAUCAAAUUUCAUGAAGAAAGAUAUUUACUAAUGCUUCAUAUUAGAUCAUCAUCUAAUCAGCAUGCUUUCAAAAUGUGAAUGCUGUUGUUCAUGGAUAAUCCUUAUUGAUAUUCUUUCUUUCAGGAUAUCGUGGAAGAUGACGACAAAAAUGAAAGCUCAGAUGAAGAAGAUGAAGCUAUCGGUAAAAGAGCUGGACCUUCCAACGAAGGAACUGUUGGUUCUGCUUGCAAAGCUCUCCUGUUUCAGAAAAGAAAGCAAAGUUAAUAUCUCCAGUAGAGAGUCUAAAGAAAGGCGAUGCCUGUAAGAGAGAGGGCCAUUCUGCGACACCCCGUCCUGCAAAACAAGGUGACAAAAUGCCUGCUAACAAUGGGAAUAACUUGUUCUCAUCAUCAUGUCUAUCCACUCGGCACCCCCUUCAGCUCUAAACCUGGAAUCCUCAUAGCCCAUUUCUUUCGGUCAAAAGGUUCUUUACUGCUAUAUACUUUACACAAGAUUGGCAUCUCGAGACAACCCAAGAAACGAAAAGGAUCUGCCUGCUGCGUUUCGACGCUAACUCUGUCUUUGAAGAAGGAAUCGGUGGUCUACCAUGCGCCACUUCAAAUACGAUUCUUCCCUGCCAUGUUUGUUGUGCAGGAGAUGGAUAACAACAUGAACAGGGAAGUAGCAGAGCCUGUUGGCAUCUCCCAAAGACUCCUCAACUUCCUCGUCAAGAAAUCCAACCGUCAAGGUCAGCCAAACCUUGCCGGUAAUACCCAGAAAGGAGACAGCAGCCGUUUCAAAGGCCAACCCCCCAUGUCUCAGCAUGUGGAGACUCGCGUCCCAGUUACUAUCUACAAAGAUGGCAAGCUCGGUUUCACUCCUCGGGUGGAAGUGCCGGUGGAGUACCAGGAACCCAGUGGAUCCGCGAAGCUCCGGGAAUCGAGAUCAGCCAAGACGGAAGCAGACGUAGCAGUUGAGGCAGUAGCCGCCGAAGCAACCCCACCACCACCGCCCAAGAAGGUUGCCAAGAAGUCCGUCACGAUCAAGAUUGAUAUUGAAGACAGAGAUGGCAUCAAGAAGAAACCAUCCAUGUCGGCGAGGAGCGCCGCAGAAGAGAAGAAGUGGCUCAGGAUGUGGAGCUGAAGAAGAAAGAGAAACCAUGGAGUCCGCCAUGCGAGGAAGGCAGACGACAAGUCAAAUGUACUCGUGAAGCAGCAGAAAUCCUUUGCCAAGCAUGUUGUACUCUUUCGUGGAGUCCGUGAAUGUAAUAGUUGUGUUCUUGGGUU